AUGUCAAAGCGAGGGACUAAUGAGGCUCAUAACGAAAUAGGUAAUUCUUCUUGUUUUUCGUAAAAUUUAUGGGUAUUUAUUUUGUUUUUUAGAGAGGAAACGUCCGAAAAUAGACGGAAAGUCUGCAUGGGACGAGCUUUUAUAUUUAAGGAAGGAGGUAAAGAAACUGAGAGACAAAGAACUAAAACAACAUGAUGAAUUGAAGGAGGUUUGUGCCAAGUUCAAGACAUCGACGUUGAACUAUAAGGCAAAAGCGAGGAUGGAAUUACAGGUAAUUACUAUUUUUUUGUCAAUUUAUGAUUUUAGGUGCACUUUCUGUUACAUAGUGUUUAAUAUAUUUCAUUUCAUGUUUUAUUUUUGCUACUUUAGGCAUUAAAGAAGGAAAAGGAGCGUUACCAAGACAUGGUUGAGUAUAGGAAGGAUGUGCAACAAUAUAACCGUAACAUAGAUCCGUGUAGAAGUGUAUGUGGAUAUUCUGCGACGCCAAUUCAAGUCUUGAACGAGAAAAUGACAGAAGCACGACAGUUAUCUUCAAACUUUGAUUGGGAUUUUAACAUUUUAAAGAAUUCUCCUGCCAGCAAUUCAGAGAUUUACAUUCCCAAAUUAAUACCCAGUGAUGACGAUGGUCGACUGUUCCACUGGGGGAUGAAGGAUGUGUUUGCCGUUAAUAUCAACUCAAGAGAUGGGAUAGAUUCUGUCUACCGAUGUACUCCUUUACCUAAACAGCAGAUGAGGUUAAGGUUCAAGAUGGUUACCUACAGGAAGUACAAGAUGAACGAGAACGAAGAAUUGGCUAUGAAAAGGCCUUUGAGGGACCGCAAUUGGUUUACUCGACAUUAUAUCGCUUGA